CCCUGAGCACACAUGACACGCACACACAGGCACACAAAAACAGACAACGGGGCCUAGCAGACAAAAUCAGGAUAUGACAUCAUACACAGGAAGGGAAGCCAAGUAACUUUUCAACUUGUUUUUUCGCUCUAUACCCUCCAAAGUGAGUUUUGGGGGGUAAAGCGCAGCUUAUGAGUGCCAGAUCCUCACGAGACUGUUUGGAUUUGCUCUGCUCCCUCUUGGAGAGAUCAGAGGAGUGAGGGAAACUUUUCAGGUUUCCCACAACAUUCCAAGAGUCGACAGUGGGAAUAAAGCCAGGUAUUUCAGAUACUUCCCUAUUGGAUGGGACUAGGACCCAGGGAAUCAUACGAGUGAAAAAUCACAACCAUCCAGAUCCUGAGUGGAUCUGACGACUCCGUCACCCUGCUCAGUUCAGCAAUGGCUCUGUGCUUGGGUCAGGUUUUCAGCAAAGACAAAACAUUCAGGCCUCGAAAGCGGUUUGAACCUGGAACCCAGCGCUUUGAGCUGUACAAAAGAGCGCAGGCAUCUCUAAAAUCAGGCCUGGACUUGAGGAAAGUGGUGCAGCUGCCGGACGGAGAGAACAUUAAUGACUGGAUAGCUGUGCACGUGGUGGAUUUCUUCAAUCGUAUCAACCUCAUCUACGGGACCGUGAGCGAGUUCUGCACUGAGAAAAGCUGUCCCAUCAUGUCUGGAGGCCCACGUUACGAAUACAGAUGGCAGGAUGGGGAUGAAUACAAGAGGCCCACCAAACUGCCUGCUCUUAUAUACAUGAACCUCCUGAUGAACUGGAUCGAGUCCCUCAUCAACAAUGAGGACAUCUUUCCUACACGAGUAGGAGUCCCUUUUCCAAAGAACUUUCAGCAGGUGUGCAAGAAGAUACUGAGCCGCUUGUUUCGGGUGUUUGUACACGUGUACAUCCAUCACUUUGACAUGAUCUGCAGUAUGGGAGCUGAGGCUCACAUCAACACCUGCUACAAACACUACUACUACUUCAUCUCUGAGUUCAGCCUCAUUGACCACUCGGAGCUGGAGCCACUGAAAGAAAUGACAGAGAAGAUCUGCCACUGAAAGAUGUGGAGAAUGGAUGGGAAUCCAAAUGUCAAACAUUCAGACCAAAAGAAAAAUGUAUUUGAGGUCUGAUCUGAGAUCAGGCAGGAUCAGAGACUCACAAAUGAUCUAAAAUGCAAUACACCUUUGCUUCAGUAUUACUGAAAUACUGUUGGUCCAGUAAUUCAACACGUUCUUGAGACCAGUAGCAAUGAUUGCAGCAAUGAUUACUUAGUAUUUUGCAAACAUUUUUGAGCAUUUCACCACGUGACUUCAACGAUGCAUUAAAAAAUGUGUUCCUGAGAGAAACAUGUCUUGAAAUGACAUGUCUAAAACUUCUGUUAAGUUCAAGAGGUUACAUUCUUGCUCUGUCAUGUCUGUGCCAGUGCAGGGGCAGAAGCCUUUGCUAGUAUCUUUAUUUAACCUGGGCAUGUGCAGUAAGAAACUAUUACCUUAGCUAGUGACUAAUGAUGAAUAGUACUCAACAGUAUUAUUCUCAUUUCAGACAUUUUGUUCUGACAAUGUGCUGUUUUUGCCAGUGUAUUUUUUGCAUGCAAGUUUAAAAUACAAAUAUUUUAAAUUUAAAGCCUCCCACCUUCCUCUUUUUUUUUUUUUUAAGAAAAUCCAAACAAGAAGAUUGUCAUAAUGAAAUAUCGAUUUCUGACACUCCUCUAAUAGUUUGCUUUAUAAUAAUAAUGAUGAUAAUGAUAAUGAUGACCAUGAUUAUGCAUUUUCCAAGCCUCAACAAUUUUCUUAUUUCCAGGUUUAGGAUUAGAAAAUAAUAAUUACUAAAUUAACACUCAAAACUUUCUUGGCAGAAAAUGUCAGAUUAACACUAAAAAAUAAACUCCAGGAUUAUUGUAGUUUCUAAAACUGUAAAUAAAUAAAUAAAUCAAACGUUUUAUUUUAUCUAGUUGGCAAGGUAACAUUUCUCUGAAAUACCAAUUAAUAAAAACUAUAUGGACAUACAUUCAAAAAGGCCAAUAAAAUGAUAUGCAAUAAGAAUUAGUCAAACUUAAACUUAAAAAAUAUUAUUACAUUUUAUUUAGUAAAAAGGACAAAUUAUCUGAUAUUUAACUGAAACUAACAUUAACACCUUAACAAAAAAAAGUUUAAAAAUAUUGCCUAAUUAAAUCAUAUGAUUUACUGAAGUGAAAAAAAAAAGUAAAAUAAAUAAAAAUAAAAACAAAACCACACAAAAAUCACUAAGAUUUCAACUUAAACAAAAAUUAAAAUGGAAAAUAUAUAUCUUGACACACCAGGUGUCUGCUAAUUUCCUGUUUUAUUUUGGCACGUUGUUACAUGACUUAAAGGAUUUUCAGAUAUUAAUAAGGAGUGAAGCAGUUUUGUUAAAAUAUUUGUUUUCUAAUACAUAACAUUAAAAGAUAAUGACACCAACACCAAUCCUGUAUUCCUCCUUAGCCCUAGUCCGUGACUGAAACUGGUAAUUUUCACGUGAGAACACACCCUUAUAGGAACGUCUACCUGGAGGCCAAAACCAGGCUUUCCUCCACUGACCGCCAGUUAGUUUGUCAUAUUCCAGUCUCAUUUCCUUGUCUGUAAUGUAAGUAUGCAUCAUCAGUAAGGUGGAUACACAAUUUGAUAUUUUAAUAUCCCAGUUUUAAUACAUUAAGGCACUUUAAGUGUUUUUCACAUUAAAUGCUAUUUUACUGAUUGAAAUAUUGCAGCAGGUGCUUUAUUGGG